AAGUAAAUCACAUGACUAAUCACAUGACAUCAAGAUGCCUGUGCAUUUCAACAACAGGGAACUUAAUGUUGUUUUUUUUCGUUUAGACUAUUUAAAGUGAAUCGUUUCGGUUUCAUUCAUUAUGCCUAUAGUUAAUGAUACAAGAGUAAGGAAACCAGUCUCACGAACAUAGCAGAUGAGAUAUACGUACCUUCAAAUGAUCGCAGCAACAAUUAAAGCAGAAUCUUCAACUCCAUAAAGUCUGAAUUUGGAUCACGCUUGAAAACAUGGAUGACCUAUCAGAAAGACGUCCGCUGCUGUAUCGCAGCAGGGAUAGUGUGAAGUCUGCAGAUUCAGUCUCAUCCUCCAUUACUUCAUCCUCGCUCCUCCUUGCAGGUCGUCGAAAUAGGUGUAAAACCUGGACAGCCAGUACAACAAUUCUGUUGUCAGUAGCUUUUGAAAGAAUGGCGUUUUAUGCACUAGCCAGCAAUCUGGUUCUGUUUUUGAACGGAAAUCCAUUCCUUUGGGCAUCGUAUCAUGCAAUAGGCGCCUCGCUAUACUUCUUCGGCCUAUCAUUUAUCAUGUCUUUGGUAGGAGGAUGGAUUGCGGACUCAUUCUUUGGACGUUUUAAGACCAUGCUUUUGGCCUUUUUUGUGUACAUAAUUGGAUAUUCUUUUAUGCCAACAAUUACCUGGACUGAUACUUUGUCAAAUAAAACAGAAGGAACACCACCACAACUGCCAUAUAUUUGCACACUGGUGAAUAACCAAGACGAUGGUAUCAAUGGCACGGACACUAGUAAAAACAACGAUCCAUUCCACGAUAAAUGUGCAUGGCUCAUUUACAUUUCUCUAACUCUCAUAGCCAUAGGAACAGGCUUUGUGAAGGCAAAUAUAGCACCAUUUGGCAGUGAUCAGGUUUCAGGAGAAGGACAGCAGGCUCAUAUGAGUUUCUUCAACUGGUUCUACUGGGCAGUGAACUUAGGAGCAUUUGUUUCAUUGGGUGGCAUUACCUAUGUCCAACAGCAACAUUCAUUUUUUUAUGGCUAUGUGGCUGCAGCUGCUUGCCUGGGAUUGGCAGCACUUUCUUUUAUCGUUGGCCGAUUGUGGUAUGUGUGCCGAGCACCUGAUGGCAGUGUACUGGCAAAUAUCUUCUGCAUCAUUACUGAAGCUUGCCGCAGAAAAAGACAGAAACAUGUGAAGUCAACAUACAAGAGCAUACUGGAAAGAAAUCAUAUAAUUGAUGAGGCAGAUUCCAUGAGAGAAAAGCUGACCUUUCUGGACUAUGCAAAGCAUCGCUAUGGUGGCAUUUUUCAUGACACAUUGGUGGACGAUGUGAAACAGUUGAAUAAAAUUGUCUGCACAUUUGCUGUUCUGAUACCCUACUGGCUGGUGUACUUUCAGAUGGAGACAACUUUCUUAAUUCAAGGCCUUCACAUGAGGCUGACGUUUAAUCAGAUGGACAGUAUAAAUUGUGAAAAAGAAAACACUUCCGUGACAAUUGCUGAAAGUCAUCCAGAGAUAGUAGCUGCUUGGCUGUCUCUUUUUGACGUUGUCGUGCUUAUCAUUUCGUUGCCUCUGUUUGACCGAAUCAUCUAUCCUUGGAUUGAAAAACGCCGAGGUCCUUUAGGCAUCACUGUUCGAAUUUCCAUUGGGAUGCUCUUGGCAACAGUUGCCAUGUGCACUGCUGGAGUAGUGGAGUACUUUCGUCUUCAACGUUUCUGGCCAUGCCCAGGGAAAGAGGAUUUUAAUGUGACAAUAAACCAGACAAUUGGUUCAACAGUGUAUCGUGCGGCAGACAUGAGUGUCUUUUGGCAGAUCCCACAGUACACACUUAUUGGCAUCAGUGAAGUUUUUACCAGCGUUGCAGGGCUUCAGUUUGCGGUGACUGUUGCACCAAAAUCCAUGAAGGGCAUCAUCAUGGGCCUUUUCUACUUUUUUUCUGGUAUUGGCAGCUUCCUGGGCACAGCCAUUGUCAACAUCCUUAGUUCUGAAGAUAUUUGGUUUCUUUCUAAUGACAGAGAUUAUGGUGACAUCAACUGCCGAGUGGCAGGCAAAUACUGUCACCUUGAUUACUUUUUCUUCCUUCUUGCUGGAAUAGAACUUGUUGGUGUUGUACUGUUUGUGUUUGUGGCAAAAAAGUUUCAUCUGGACGAGCAUCUUCGGCAAAGCAUCCUAAAGCAAAACUCUGAUUAUAUGGGAAGUCUUCAACAAAAAGCCCCAAGAAAGGAAGACAGUGUUUCCACUUCAAUACAGCGAAACUUGUUGCGAGUAACCAGUUGAGUCUUGAACAGGUCUGAUGUAAUCUUUGUAACUUUUGUUGUUAUUUAAUUCAAGCUUUUGUACAGAAUUAUUUUAAUUGCUUGCAAUAGUUUUGAAAAGGUUGUUGUGCAGAUCCAUGUUUAUAAACAUCUGUCAAUUUUGCUAGUGCUCAUUUAUUAUUGGCUAAUUUCAGAUGCAAGUUCAUUUUUUCCCCAAUUAAUUAUUGCUACGUUUUUUAGUGUCUCUCACAAAAGCAGAUUUUAUUUGUUUAAAAGUUAGGAGGAGUCUAUUGCUUAUAGCAUGCAGCAGUUGAGAGAUUACUAUACACCAACAUAAUCACAGACUGGAAACAUUCUGGCAGCAAAGAUGGUGCAUAUACAAGUGCCAUAUCUAUGAUGUUUAAUUGUGAGUAUAGGUGACCAAACAUCUGUAGUCAUGACGAGUGUCCGGUGACAAGUGCGAAAAACUCAGAUAUGGACAAAAAGCAUCACACAUGCUUGACUAUAACUUGGUUGCAGUAUAAUUUCUUCUUGCUAAUCUUGAUGUUUAUGUUUAGAGUUUGUUUUUAUUCAUCUGCUGUCCAUUCUCCUACUGAAGGCAACAUUAAAAGGUGCAUGACCUUUAGCCUUUGGAUGAUUUCCAAAAUAUUUGGAUUUUUAUAUACAACACUAGUGAAAAAUAUUGCAAAGGGCUCUUUUUUUUCAUUUUUCAUUUUACAGCCAUGGAAAUUUUAACACUUUUAAAAAAAUAUUGUACACAGUACUUGGUUCAUAGUUUUCUUGUAUUUGCAUUCUGUUUUCAGAAUCCUGAAAAUCUUGUACAUUGGAGUGUUUUUAAGUUUUAGAACAUUAAAUUUCCUUGGACCUUCUGUACUGAUGCUGAAAAGGUUAUAAUUUUUAUCUAAUGUGAUGGAAACUAAGCAUUUUAAAAAAUUUUGCCAGACAUUGGCUUCAGUAUUGUAAGAUUUGUGAUCAUGCAACAUUUAGUAUAUUACUGUUUUCCUCUUGAUCAAAUAUUUGAGGUACAAGUACAUUUUUCUACAAUGUUGAGUAAAAGCAUGUUCUAAAAAGCUUUUGGUAUUUUUUUCCAGAGAUUGAAUUCAUUAUAGGAUGCAUAGUGGAUGCAUUUUUUUUUUUUUUUAAAAACAUUUUAAAUAGGUUUGUCUGUCAUCUGUAGUGCUGACAAGGAAAGUAUUCAUUGUGAUAGGUAUGUAUGUUUAUCACUGGAUUAUUAUCCUGAAUGAUACAGAUACAGAAUGAGACUGAGUGUUGAUGAAUGCUCUGUGUGUAUGAUUGCAUGCCUUUGUGUGUGUGUGUGAGAGAGAGAAUAUAUACAUAUGCAUAUAAAUACGAUUGCCAGUACAUAUUUCCCUGUUAAUGCGAAAUCAUUCAAAUCUAUCCUUUCAUGCUUGUUGCCACAUUUUUUCCCGACGUCUUUUAAUUUCACAGUAUUUUAUUUGAGAUCUUUUCGACGGUGAAUAUGAUGCCUGCACUAAAAGAAUGUGCUUUCACAAUGUUAUGUAUAUAAAGUGCUUUGAAUCCAGCUUAUGCUGGAAAAUUGUUAUUAUCUCUCUACAGUGUGUGUUGUUUAAUUCAAACUAUGUUUAUUUUACUUUUGUGUCUAUUGUAUCAUUUGUAAUUAUAAAUUAUUUCACUACUGCUGCUUUAAUUAAGGAACAUCAUAGGUUAUCAUCACAAAAUUGUCAUGGUAAGUCAUCAACCUCAGAAAAACUUGCAUCACAACGAGUGAAAACUGUCAUCACAAGUGACUGGUACUAUAUAAGUUAAAUUACUAUGCGAAUGAUGGAAAGGCCUUUGACUGAUUGUUUUUAAAUUAUGGAGCAAUAUGCUUCCUUGAUUUUUUAAUUUGGUAGGAAAGUGCUUCCAUUUAAUGGUGACUUCGCAUAAUGGGAAGUAUGUUGACAGGAUAAGAAAAGUAGAGGAAAACCAGAAUAGAUGUGUGAAGAACCUCCCUCUCCACCAGUGAACAGGAGUUGCAAUAAGAAAGAAGCGCGUGUGUGCGUUCGUGCCUCAGGACGAGAUCUGAACCUAGGACCUUCACGAGACGCUUUCAUCACGACGUGACCGGACCGCCGUCGUGACCUCAGAAUUUCUGGGGAGUUGCUGACGUCACGGUUGUCCUGACUGAAAUGGUCACGUCACCAUACCGCUUUGACCGCGUGACCCGGCAUAAAGCAACCAGUACCUGGGUUACGAGGGAGUGUGCGCAGGAUAUACCACAAAGACUGUUUUCCUACAUUCGUGGUAAAUCAAACGUUCGCACUCGUACACAGUCUAUUGAGAUGUAAACGUCCUAACAUUUACUGUCCCUAAGUGUUAGUUGUUUGGCUCGCCUGUCGUGUCAGGUGUCCGGCAAAUGCCAGAGUGGAUCUCUGCACGCAUGGUUUUACUGCGUUGUCAUGGUGCUUAGGAACCGAACUCAGUCACGCACUACGCCUUGUCAGCCAGUGGUAUUUGCGGUUGCCAUAGCGAACCCAUGUCCAGUGCACGGUCUGUUUGCUUUGCACUUAAUUGCCAAAGUUUCUUUCUAUUCCAGUAUUGCUAUGUACACUCAACCGCCAGCUAACCUUUUCGGUUGUAAACGUUUCUUCAAUAUCCGAGAUGUAAAAGCUGUUUGUUUAAGAUUAAUUUUUGCUGCAUGGCUUUUAUCUGUUUUCUUUAACGUAGAUUUUAAAAUAUAUCUUUAAUCUUUUUUCUCUCAUGCUGUUGAUUCAAAUCAGUUAGGUAAAACGGGUGCAGAUAUGCUCUACAAGAUUUUUUCUUUUUCUUCUUUCUUUUAUGCUGAUUUAAGGCUGUUGACUUCCAAUCUUGACUUCUUUGUGAUUUGUAAUGCUCGCGUGUGUGUCACUGAGUUCUUUUACACAGGGUCUUCUUUUUAGAUUCGCUUGUUCUUUGGGUUUUUUAAUAGCAGCUGUUUGUAAAUGUUUUAAAAGAUUGUAAAUAUUGCUGCUCACCACUUGAGUAAAAUCAAACUUUGUGAAUAUCUCUGUUUAGGUGAUUUUUGUACUUGAAGUAUUUUUAUAUAAUGAACUGUACAGAUGUCACUUUCUAACACAGCUGCGUUGAUUUUAUCAUAAUUGUAAUUAAAGAACUGCUGCAUAUUUC